AUGAAGGUCUGGAUUUUUAUAUGCCUUAUUUUGGCUGUUUCUGCCAAACACGAGGAUUUUGCAGGAUGGAAGUCGUAUUAUGUAGAACCGUCAGAUUUAGAUCAACUCAAAAAUUUCAAUAGUCUAGUACAACACAUGAAUGUUGAUAUUUUUGCUCAUCCAAUUGUUGGACGACCAGGACUCAUUUUAGUGGAUCCAUCUUUUCAAGACGAACUUAUUGGUGGUUUAGAAAGAUUGGGCAUCAAAUAUAAAAUCCACGCUGAAGAUGUUAAAAGUCAAUUUGAUUUGGAAGAUGAAUUGUUAAAAAAAUCUAAUGAAAAUAGUCCUAAGAGCAAUUUUGGAGGAAAGUUACCAUAUGAUUCGUAUCAAUCAUAUGAUACGAUUAAUAAAUACUUAGACGAUAUUGCAAAAGAAUAUCCAGAGAAAGCUAAAGUGAUAACUCAUACUUCUUUUAAUGGACUGCCUGUUAAGUAUUUGAAGGUGUCUACGACUAAUUUUGAAGAUCCAACGAAACCUAUUAUAUACCUAGAUGGAGGUAUCCACGGUAGAGAGUGGUUAUCCAUACCACCUGUGACUUUUGCCAUUAAUAGACUUUUGGAAAAUGGUACUGAUUCUAGUCUAUUGGAAAAGUUUGACUUUAUUUUAUUCCCUAUCGUUAACACAGAUGGAUACCAAUAUAGCCGUGACACAAGCGCGGCAUGGAGAAAAACUCGUUCCUGGUACCAAGAUCCAUGGAGUAUUAUGUGUCCCGGGGUAGACAUUGAUCGUAACUUUGAUUUCCAUUGGAACACUGCAGGAGCUGGUAGCAGUAAAUGCUCAUACGUGUAUGCUGGCGGUUCUCCAUUCUCAGAAGCCGAAACAAGAGUUGUGAGAGAAAUAUUACUAGAAAAUAAUCGCAUUCUCAUGUACAUAUCCUUUAGUAGCUGGGGAAGUCUGAUCAUGUAUCCAUGGGCAGUUGACGGUUCAUUCUCCAGUGAAGUCUUUAGACUUCAUAACGUUGGUGUGGCUAUGGCUGAUACGAUCAAUUCUUUACAAAUGCCCGAAUUCUUCGAUUAUAAAGUAGGUAAUGCAGCUUUAGUUCGUCAACUACCAAUGUCAGGAACGUCUAUCGACUAUGCUCAUCAUUUAGGAAUAAAUUUACUCCAAUCACAAUUAAAUACAUCAUCUAAAUCUGCACCGGGCCCCGAUGGUAUCCCAUAUAUAGUCUUUAAAAAAUGUCCAUCGGUUCGUAAACACCUCAUAAAUAUAUACGGCAAAAUCUGGUCAAGGAAGCAAAUCCCGGAGUGUUUCGGGAAAGCAAUUUUUGUCCUCAUUCUCAAAAAAGAUCGAGUUACCGAUCCGAAGGAUACUAGACCGAUAGCCUUAACAAAUACAAUAUCUAAAAUCUUUUUCUCGGUCCUACAAACGAGAAUGGCGCGAUUCAUGCUCAGCAACAAGUAUUUUAGGCCAAAUCACCAGAAAGGGUUUCUACCCGGAAUUUCUGGAUGCCUAGAACACAACACCUUGCUGUCGGAGAGUUUGAAAGAUGCUAGAAAAAGCGAGCGGCAAAUUACAGUUUGUUGGAUAGACUUAGAGAACGCGUUCGGGUCGAUACAACACGAGUUGAUGCUAUUCGCGCUUAGAUGGUACAACUUUCCACCCCUAGUUAGAGAUAUGAUCGCGUCGUAUUACUCAAAAUUAAGGUUUUCUAUAAUAACUAAAGAAGGCCCUUCAAAAUGUUUGAGUUAUAAUGUAGGACUGUUUCAAGGUUGUUGUCUAUCUCCAAUUACGUUUAAUAUCGUUAUUAACAUCUUAGUAGACAAAUUAAUCUGUAACGAGAAAAAAUGGGGUUAUCGGUUUAAGUUUAAUAAUAAAUACACGGAAUCCAUUUUAGCCUUCGCUGACGAUCUCGCAAUACUGACACGUCACCCCAAACACUGUCAAGUACUAUUGGAUGAAGUGGAUAAAUUCUGUGAGUGGACGGAUGGAUUGAGGACAAAACCAAGUAAAUGUCACUGUUUGUGUCUUGGUAGGCGGAAUACAAGAUACACCUCAUACGAUCCGGGACUGUCGAUAGGCGGUCAAUGCGUUUCUACGGUUACGGAAGAUGCACCAUUCAAGUUUCUCGGUCGUAAGAUUGAUAAUAUAGGUCGUACUCCAUCUUUAGAAGGAAUAGUAGAUAGCUUUUUAAAUGAUCUUAACAAGGUAGAUAGCCAGCAGAUCAGUAACGUAAAAAAAGCAUGGAUCUACGAUAAUUACUUAACUUCACGUUUGAAUUGGCCUUUCCUCGUCUAUGAUUUUAGUAAAACCCUUUUAUCUAAAUUAGAUGCAGGCGUCAUAAAGAUGUUGAAGUUGUGGCUCGGGCUCGCGCUAACGGCUGAUUCAUCGGCUUUAUUCAGGGAUCGUAAUAGUUUUGGGAUGAAUCUAAAAAGACCAUCGGAGCUCUACAAACACCUAAGAGUUUCCAAGAGACAUAUCCUGGGAAAAUCCCAUGAUGACGUCGUUACAUCACUCCCAAAAGACAAUGAUGCCCCAGAGCUAGAGUCACGACUUCAAUUCCAUAAACAAUUUAUGAUCGGAGCGCAAAAUAACAGAGUAGGGUUAGGAUCAAGUAGGAAAGUCCAAGAUACGGAUAUAUUGAAGUCUUUUAUUCGGCAAGACGAGAACGAUAAAUACAAGAUCCAUGCAAUGAGUUUAGAAAUGCAGAACGAGUGGUUAGACAUAGGAGAUUUUUGCAUUCCACUAGCACUAAAAUGGCGCACCCUAAUUCAUGACUGGUCGCCAGCCUUGCUAAAAUUUUAUCUCAAUGCGUUCCAGAUGACUCUCCCAGAUCAGAGUAAUUUAGUAAGAUGGGGUAAAGGUACCGAAAAAACUUGCUAUAUCUGCGGAAAGGCAGUUGGAACUGCCAAGCAUUUGCUGGUGGGAUGUAAGGUUCUCCUGGACAGCGGUCAAUACUCGCGUCGUCACGAUAGGGUUUUAGAGAUCAUACGUUUUGUGAGAGAGGGCACCAGGGCUAUAAAAUCAAACGUCAAGCCUUACUCUAUCCUUAAAGCGGCUUCGGAUUGGACUAUCAUGAUGGAUACGUAUGAGAAACAAUACAAAAUCCCCGAGGAUAUUUGUGCGUCGGCCUCCAGACCAGACAUAUUUCUAUAUUCGCGUAUUUUAAAGCGCGUUGUGAUGAUAGAGCUUACGGUGCCUUGGGAAACCAACAUCCCCAAAGACCAUGCCAUCAAGGUCAAUAAGUAUUACGAGCUCACUAACGAACUAACUCGAAAUAGGUUCGUCGUUGAUUUGUACGCGGUAGAGGUGGGAGCGAGAGGUAUAACAGCUAAAUCUCUCUAUAACCUACUAAAAGACUUGGGCCUGUCCAGAACUAACAUUAAUUCAUUCUUAGAACGUACGUCGAAGGCAGCCCUAGUAGGUUCUUUUCAAAUUUGGUUAGGUAGGGAGAGGAACUUGGACAGUGGAGGUGAGCGUAUAACGCGCGUUAGUUAA